AUGCCGAAGGGCUCCAGGCAAUACCAUGGGAAAACAAAGAACGGGUGCCGGCAGUGCAAGAAGCGUCGCGUGAAGUGCGACUGUAUUGGGCCUGUCUGCGCCAACUGCCGCCGUCGACAAGAGCAUUGCAGCUAUCUCGGUCUACUUGCCGACACUCUGAACCGCGAAAAUGAGGGAGAUAAAUCCAGUGACACCAUGAGUAUAGUUCGCCGCGCGGCCACAGUUGCGGCACAUGCCUCCUCGUGUGACGCGCUCAACGCCUCGUUACCCGCCGAGAGGCUCCGCGCGGAUGAGGCCGAACUCAAACAUCAUUUCCUGAACCAGGCCUGGUUCACCUUCUCUUUACAAAACGACCCCCGCAAGUGUGAUGUUUGGUCAAGAUGGGUGCCCCAGCUGGCGACCCGCAACGUUUUCGUUCAUCAGAGCAUGCUCUCCAUAGCAGCGCUACACCUCUGCUACCUCGAGCCGCCCGACGCCAAACGAUAUUACUCCAUGGCCUGCAAGCAUGCCAUCCAAGCGAGCAACUACUUCAGACUCGCCGUUCCGCAGAUCAAUGAGGACAACUGGCUCGCAACGUUCGUCUUCUCCAUGUGCAACGGCAUCUUUGGGUAUUACCGCCCUUUCGCCGACGAAAAGAUCAUGGGACAAGCCAUCACCUUUGAGCCAGCCAGAUCUCUGGCCGUGAUGCGGGUGGCGGCUAGGUUCUCCGACACGGUUACAAGGUACGUGUACAAGAGCCCGAACCGCAACAAGCUCGCGCAGGUGAACCCCGAUGAUUGGCGUGAUAGCAAUGACACAUUACUGCGGCCAUCGAUAUUGAAAAUCGCCAAGCUCGAGGAAUUCUUGCUGUUGGGGCCAGAGUCAACAGGCGUACAGGCAGGGGAGACGGAAGUAUACCUAGCAGCUCUCGGUGCGCUGAGGACAUACAUAACUUCACUACCGGGCCGCCCUAGGAUAUGGAAGCAUUUCAUCAUCUGGCCUUCGUUGGUAUCGGAGCAAUACAUCUCACUUUUGCAGGCGAAAGAGCCAGUGGCGCUCAUGCUGUUCGUCCUCUGGACCGAAGUCAUGUACUUGGCGCCCCGGAGAUGGUAUUUGAUUACCUGGUACAGCCGCGGCCACGUUAAUUCUUUGCGGGAACUCGCCCAGCAGACCGUCACGCCAGCCCACCGGUUUUGGGAGACGCUGGUCGACGACAGCAACCAGUCCGAAAACUGCGCGGAGGAAUCAGAGGCGAGCGAAGGCUGCCCGUCGACGCCGUCGGACGCCCAGAGCGACGAUGGGGCGCGUAAAAGCGACUUUUUGCUCAUGUCUACCGGAGAAGAGUUCGGCCCCGACAACCGUGGCCCGGCCAAGUUCUUCGAAGCCCAGGGGGCGGCUAAGAAGGCGAAAUAAUGACACCCUUUUCUCCCGACACAGUUCUCACUAGGGGGUUACAGGAUCUCUUCCUGGCAGCGCAGAGUGGGGAAAGGAUCGGGUUCCUCAGCAUGAGGUCAAAGCCAGAAAGUGCGAGUGGAAGCCAUAGCGACGAUUCUUGCAUAGAAGCUGAAGCAUAUCGAAGCGGGCCACGAGGUUGAUGAGUGGCCAAAUGUGGACCAUAUCGCUCUUAUAGCAACAAAAGCAGGCGUCAGGAAUAACAAGUCAGUCAACCAAGCCGAUGAUGAUUGGCACUAGCGAUCAGCACACAAGUGGCCUGCCAGGCCUACGUAGCCAAGAGUGACAUGAACACGUGAAUAUAUGAGGAGUAACUUGCGUUGUAC